AAUGAUGUCUGCUUUAGUAAUAAAGACCACUGGUUAAACAUUAGCUCCUGUCUGUGCUGUCUGUAAUAAUUAACCCUGAGAACAGAGAAUCCUGCCCUUCCACUACACUGGGUCAUAGUUUGUAUCCAGUCCAGUUUGGAGACAUGGGCAGAUGAGACUCCCCGCCUCCAGCUUUUGCAUCUUCAGGACUCUUUUACUCUUUUCACGGCAAACGUUGCAUCAGCAGAGGCGAAGGUUAAGCGGUGGUGCAGCCAUGCGUCUGGUGCAGUUUCAAAGACAAGGCGGCGAUGGCGGCGUCAGAGUGGGAGUGGAGAUGGGAGGAGGAGGAGGAGGUGUGGUGGAUCUGAAGGCGUUUGACUCCUCCAUGCCUUCCACGAUGAAGGAGCUGCUGGAGAUGGGAGACAAGGGUUUGGAGUGUGCACGCAGGGCAUUGGCCUCUGGUCAGUGUGUGUUGGAGCGUUCAGACAUCCGCCUACUGGCUCCUGUUUUGGCCCCAGAGAAGGUGGUGUGUGUGGGCAUGAAUUACCGGGACCACUGUCUGGAGCAGAAUGCCCCGAUCCCCAAAGAACCGAUAAUUUUCAGCAAGUUUCCCAAUGCCAUCACAGGACCGUUUGAUGACAUCACACUCCCCUCGGAGAGCCAGGAAGUGGACUGGGAGGUGGAGUUGGCCUUUGUGAUUGGACAAAGAGGAAAACACAUUAAAGAAGAAGACGCUCUCUCCUACGUGGCUGGCUUCACUGUGGCCAAUGACGUCAGCGCUCGUGAUUGGCAGAUGAAGAGGAACGGGAAACAGUGGCUCCUCGGGAAAACCUUCGACAGCUUCUGUCCUCUGGGCCCUGCACUGGUAACUGUUGAUGCAGUGAAAGAUCCUCAUAACCUAAACAUACACUGUCUGGUCAAUGGAGACACAGUCCAGAGCAGCAACACGGACCAGAUGAUCUUCAAGACAGCCGAGUUGGUUGCCUGGGUCUCAAAGUUUGUGACCUUAAGUCCAGGCGAUGUUUUUCUGACAGGAACUCCUCCAGGUGUGGGCGUAUUCAGAAAACCACCUGUUUUUCUUAAGAAAGGAGACGUAGUGGAGUGUCAAAUUGACCAGAUUGGCUCAAUAAUCAACAAAGUCGUCUAAACCCUCAGACAAUGGAAAAAUAAUCAAUAAAUGACCCAUUUCCACUUGA